GUAUGAAUCUGUUGUUAGCAAGGUCACAGUACGCACAGCCGCGCGAACGAUUCAGCUCCACAGUGUCGUGAAAUGGUUGAUAUAAAUAUGUAAACAGUUAUUCGGUGCAAAAAAAGUGUUACGUAAUAAAUAGUUGAACGACAAGUGUAGAGAUGACGGUGGACAAUAACAUGAACAACCUGAACGGGCAAAAGCAGGAGGGUAAACAGAACGUGGAUCUGGAGCGUGGUGGGAAGAGUGAGGAGUCGAGUAUCCCGUGGGGGAAGAUUCUGAUCAUGCUGGUGGCUCUAGCGGUUCUGGUGGCGUCCUGUGCCGUAGCCUGGGUGUUCCAGGACUGGCAGACCAGCCUGAUUGUACUAGCCAUACUAGUGGUUGUGUACCUCUUGGUAUUUUACUGGAGGUGGCUCUAUGUAGCCGCUAGGACUGCUCGAAGGGAUUUCACGGCUCUCUUCCACUACAUCAAGAUCCUGUCUCUAUCGCGGAGGUUGACAAAAAGCAAUUCAGCAAUCCCUGACGUGUUCCACGAUGUGGUUCUCAAACACCCCAACAAGAACUGUUUCCUAAUCGACGAUGAAGUUUGGACCUUCCGACAGGUGGAAGAAUUUAGUUUACGGACGUCUGCAGUCCUCAAAGCAAAUGGGGUGAAGAGAGGAGAUGUGGUUGGGGUGAUGAUGAGCAACAGCCCUGAGUUGCCAGCCAUCUGGUUAGGUCUCACUCGGCUGGGGGCAGUCGCUCCACUCAUCAACACCAAUCAGACCGGCAACACCUUGCUGCAUUCCAUCAACAUUGCCAAGUGUGAUGUGGUGAUCUAUGGCGCCGAGUAUGAGGAAGCUUUCCAAGAAGUGAAGAAUGACUUAAAUCCAUCGAUCAAGCUGUUCAAAUAUACUCAUCGGCCUCUGAACACUUCUGGCACCGCGGUACAGGUGGCAGACUCAGCUAACGACUUCACGUCCAUGCUGGAAACCACGCCACCAUUGCCAUGGUUCAAGUCCGAAGGAGACGGGUUCAAUGGGAAACUGCUGUACAUUUAUACUUCUGGCACCACCGGGCUUCCAAAGGCUGCUGUUAUUUCUUCCUCCAGAAUGGUGUUCAUGGCUUCUGGUGUCCACUACUUAGGCGGCUUAAAUUCCAAAGACGUGAUAUACUGCCCAAUGCCUCUGUACCACUCCGCUGGUGGUUGCAUCACAAUGGGACAAGCCCUCAUCUUUGGCUGCACGAUUGUUUUAAGGAAGAAGUUCUCCGCUUCCGCCUACUUCAAAGACUGUAUGAAAUAUAACGCUACUGCUGCACAUUACAUUGGCGAGAUGUGUCGAUAUAUUUUAGCGACUCCUCCAUCGGCUACUGACAGGCAACACAAAGUUCGCGUAGUGUACGGAAAUGGAAUGAGACAAGCGAUCUGGCCAGAAUUUGUAAGAAGGUUCAAUAUCAAGAAAGUUGCAGAAUUUUAUGGAGCAACAGAAGGCAACGCAAAUAUUGUAAACGUCGACAACAAAAUGGGAGCAAUAGGAUUUGUCUCCAGAAUUAUUCCCGCUGUUUACCCCAUCGCUAUUCUGAAAGUAGACCAAGAAACCGGAGAACCAAUUAGGAAUUCCAAAGGACUGUGUCAGUUGGCGAAACCGGGUGAGCCUGGAGUGUUCAUUGGCAAAAUCAAUCCUAAGUUAGCGUCCAGAGCGUAUUUGGGUUACGUUGACAAAGAAGCCUCCGAGAAGAAAAUAGUUCGCGAUGUUUUCUCUUUUGGAGAUUCAGCGUUUAUAUCAGGCGACAUCCUGGUGGCAGACGAGCUGGGCUACCUGUACUUCCGCGACCGCACGGGCGACACCUUCCGCUGGCGCGGAGAGAACGUCAGCACCACGGAGGUGGAAGGUGUCAUCUCCAAGUUGGCAGGACAAAGGGAUGCUGUUGUGUAUAGUGUUGAGAUCCCGAACAUAGAAGGGCGCGCUGGUAUGUGCGGCAUCGUUGACGUGGAUGACUCUCUAGACCUGGAUCAGCUGCUCAAGGACCUUUCCAAAGACCUUCCCAAAUAUGCCAGGCCGAUCUUCAUUAGGAAAAUGACAAGUGUUGAUUUGACUGGAACUUUCAAAAUGAGGAAAAACGAUCUUCAGAAAGAAGGCUACGAUCCAAGUAAAACAUCAGAUAAACUUUACUACUUGGAUCCGAAGUUAGACAAAUACAUAUCAUUAGGAAAGACGGAAUAUGAAAGCAUUAUCUCGGGACAAACUAGACUUUAAUUUGAUUUCUACAUUAUUUAGUUAAUACAUCUUUACUUAUGGUUAUUCUAUAGAGUAUUGCUAUGAACUUCUGUAAGCUAUUGGAAUAUACAUACACUGUAAAUUAUACAAAUAAAUAUCGUAUGAAACUUCA